GGCGCAUGCGCUCUCCGCGGCGUUGGCCGUUCUCGACGUUUGGAGGCUCUGGCUUGAAGAAGGGGAAAGAAAAACAAUGGAUUCUGAAUUUUCACACAGUAUGAUUGGGAGCUAUCUUAACCCUCCAGAAAGAAUGUAUCUUCCAUCGUUCACGCAGAAUGAAGCAUUUCAGAAUUGCCAACCUGGGAACUCUCCUAAAAUGUUUAAUAGUCCAAACAACCAAGCACUUGUUUCAGCAUUAAAAACUCUCCAGGAGAAGAUUCGUCGUCUCGAGCUGGAAAGGAUACAGGCCGAAGACAACCUGAACCUUCUGUCCAGAGAAGCAGCGAAGUAUAAGAAGGCCCUGGAGGAGGAGACCAGCGAGAGGGACCUUGCACACCAGGAGCUGAUUAAACAGAAGAAAGAUAUAAGCAUACAGUUAAGCUCAGCCCAGUCUCGCUGUAUUCUUCUAGAGAAGCAAUUGGAAUAUACAAAGAGAAUGGUUCUCAAUGUAGAACGAGAAAAGACUAUGAUCCUAGAGCAACAGGCCCAGCUUCAAAGGGAAAAAGAACAAGAUCAGAUGAAGCUGCACGCUAAGCUUGAAAAGCUCCAUGUCUUAGAAAAAGAGUGUUUGAGACUGACGGCGACUCAGCGCACUGCGGAGGAUAGGAUUAAAUAUCUAGAAGAAAAACUAAAGGAGGAGGAGCAUCAGCGCAGGCUGUUUCAAGACAGAGCCUGUGAGCUUCAAACUGGAUUUGAAAUCAGCAAAAUUUUAAUGUCCACAGUUUCGAAUUCAAAGCAUUGUAAGGAAAAGAAGAAACUGCCAAAGAAAACUAACUGCUUAAAAAGAGAACCACCUCAGCAAAUGGACCACAAGUUUAAAGUGCCGACUUUUGAGAGAGAGAAGCCUUUCAGAACAACUUCCCAGGCUAGAGCUAACCCUCAUAGCUCAGGAGAGCCCGUUUCCAUUUGUGACAGUUUGUCUGAACUCUUGAUGACAAUGGAAGAGGAGCUGGACCAAAUGAAUAUGGAGCACAGAGAGCUCCUGAGACAAAUGAUGCAGCCUGGGAACCACUCGGUCUCUGAGGACAUAGAACACGAGCUGGAGCAGUUAGUCAGGAAGAUGGAAAGCAAAGGCCACCAGAUCUCCAAACUCAAGAAGCAUCAAGACAGAGUCCGUAAACUGCAGGAAAAAAUUGAGAACGCAAGGAUAAAUGAAUCUUCAGGUAUCCAUGGCAACCCUAAAGGAUCUAAGAACUUAAAAACCAGCCCCCGGAAAUGUGUGAGUGAAACCAGCUCUUUUCAGAGAGACAGAAGCUUUCAACCAGUGCAGGUGCACAGCCUGCAGACGAAGCUGAGGCGCGAUGACAUCAAGUGGGAGCAGUGACCAAGGCAAACUGUCUGUCACCUAAAUGAACCUCACCAGUGAGACCGCACGCCGUCUCCGUGGUUUUUAUUUCAUAUGCUCUUGGGAACCCUUGAAUUAUGUUUCUGGCUGCUAUAAAAUGUGAAGUCGUACAUUUUCAGAAUAAUGGCUAAUGACCUACCAGGGUUCCCGGCAUCUAAAUGACUGCUUUUCAUUGUUGUUAACCAAAGGCGCCGACCUCAUGAAGCUCUUUAGAAGCAUCUGCUUUGCAGCUCCCGUAAGGUAAAUCCAAGAAGCUGUACUGAAUGGAUGGAUGCUUAUUGAAAUCAAGGGUGUCUGACCUGUGGGUACCAUUCCACAGUUCAAUUUUUGCAGGCUGUCUGUCACCUGGAAUGAGCAGAAUCUAAGACGUUGGUUUGGCGUCCCUGGAACUGCCACCUUCCCUUGUGUGACGUCUCAGCGGUGCUCAUGCUUGUUCUGUUUGGAAAGGGAGGGCACAGUAAUUGUGAAGUUUUGUGAGAAUGACCUUAGCUCUGCUAUGACAGCCACUAAGUGAGAUGCAUAACUGAUUAACCUUUGAAGACGGUACUAAUUCAUCUUUCUUCCUCUGCUACGCCCUGUCUCCUUUUAAACUCCAACAAUUGAUUUUAUCUUACUCUUUUACAACUUUUCCUAUUUUUUCACUCAUGUUAUUAUGUGAUUUAUAUC